AUGAAAACCAAGCCGGAAACCUUUAGGGUAAGAUUUUUUCCCCAUAUUUUCAUGGAAAAUCAUAAUUUUCUCAGAUUGAAUCAAUUUGCACGGCAUUAACACAUAGCAUAGCAUCCGGUGCAAUCUACUAUCUAUUCCACAAACAUGCUCUCGAACAUAUCAGACAAUUUUUCAUCGAUAAAAUGCAAUCGGAUUUGACGCCGGUGCAAUUCGCGCGAGAAUUGAAACAUUUUUCCGAUAUCAGUUGGCUCGCUGUUAUUUCGAACCUGUGUCUUGCAAUCAUUUGUCUAAUGCACUCAAGAAUGCCGUGUAAAUUAAUGGCUUUUUUGGUUAUUUUGAUAGGAGUGGGUAUUUCUACCUUCAAAUCAUGGUGAAAUUUUGUCCAUGGACAGCUCUUGGGACCAUAAGAACACCCUAAAAAUUUUAGACCUCUGAGCCAAGUUCUGGGCUCUCAAUAGUUCAAAAAUUGCCUAAAUUGGCUCAUAAAACAUGUCAUAACUCAAUUCUCGAUCAAUUUUAUGAAAAAAGCCCAGAACUUGGCUCACAAGGGAACCUUUUUUACUCAACACUUCAAACCUUGAUGAAAUUUUGUCCAGAGACAGCUUUUGGGGUCAUAAGAACACCCUAAAAAAUUUGUCUGGACCUCUGAGCCAAGUUCUGGGCUCUCAAAAGUUCAAAAAUUGCCAAAAUUGGCUCAUAAAACACGUCAUAACUCAAUUUUCGAUCAAUUUUAUGAAAAACUGAGUAGCAGAUGAUGAUCAGCGUGGUCGAAUUACUAAAAAUACAUCAAUAAAAAUUUUUUUUUCAAAAAAAUUUUGAAGUUUUUUAUUUUUCGGCUGAAAAUUCAUGAUUCAUGAAAAUUCAUUGAGCCAAUUUCAGCAAUUUUUGAACUUUUGAGAGCCCAGAACUUGGCUCAGAGGUCCAGACAAAUUUUUUUAGGGUGUUCUUAUGGUCCCAAUGGAUCAAAUUUCAUCAUGA